AAAUUGAAGAAAGGAACCUCUUCCCCCGGAUGCAUAUUAUGUUUGAUGCUCCCCGGAUACUAAGAAAACAAAAACAAAAACAAAGAAGUUAGAGCGCGUCCAUUGGGAGCUCAGUUGCCUUAUUCUUUCUCAAAAUGGAACAAAGCUUAACGAUGUCUCUCUUCAGAUUCUUCACUACCCUUUUUGUCCUCUCCCUGCGCAGCCUCAUCACUGAAGCUCUGAACGACAGCCCAACUUACCUCUUCCAUUAUUGCUCCAACAAGACCACUUACCCCUCUGGCAGCAAUUACACAUCGGUCCAAUCCAACCUCUACAACCUUUUCCUCGCCCUCUCCUCCAAUGGCACCGCCACAGCCGCCAAUGGGUUCUACAAUACCACCUUCGGGGAGCACCCCAACAGGGUCUACGGUGACUACCUCUGUCGCGGCGACGUUUCGCCCUCUACUUGUCAAAAUUGUGUCAUGUUUGCUACCAAGGACGUAGAGGGGCGGUGCCUUAUUGAGAAUGAGGUCGUUAUUUGGUACGACGAAUGUCGUCUCCGCUACUCUGGCGAACCGAGUAUCUUCAACGAGGGUGAUUCGGUGAGCAUGUGUAUGUGGAACACUCAUAAUGCAAUGGAUCCGAUCCAAUUCAACGAUGCUGUGGCGACGGUGAUGAACGAUGCGACCACUCGGGCUGCGUCAGUCGCUCUAAGGUUCGCCACAAAAGAGACUGAUAUUUCUGCGUUUCAAACCCUGUACAGUCUGGCACAGUGCACGCUGUACCUGUCAAGUACGGACUGUAAUAAGUGUCUCCGAAGAGCCGUAUCAGGUCUCCCUAGUUGUUGCAGUGGAAAAGUGGGAGGAAGAGUAAUGUCUCUUAGUUGUCAUAUUAGGUAUGAAAUGUACCCUUUUUAUAAACUAUCUGCAGUUACAGCUCUGGCGCCGGCGUCGCCACCACCGAUCGUUACUCCUCCUGCUGGUUCAGUGAUCAACCCCAAAGGUAAGGUUGAGCGCAGUUUACUGAUAAAUUUUUGUUUGUGAUGAAUCUGAUGAUGAAAUGUCUUUAAAUUAAACAAAAUAAUUUUGUUAGUUGGCUUAUUCUUGCUGCAAAUUAAAAUAUCUUAUCUAGU